CGGCAAGUCGAUAAAGCUCGAGUUUUGUUAUCAGUUCGAUGUAUGACCAAAUCGUGGCUUAAUUCAUAAAGAUCCUCGACGUUAAAUGGCAAAACUGUGUGAAUGACUUGAAAAUGAAAUGAAAGUUUAUAAGGAUUAUCAAGCAUUUUCAUGAUUAAAAUACCGUUACAAACUUUUAAAAUUAUCGUAAAGAAGUGAAAAUAGCAAUUAUUUCUUCAAUAACCUGAACCAUUGCAGACGGUUGCAAAUUACGCAAUGGCGGAACUAUUCCACCAAGCGGCCAAGGAUGGUCGGCUAGAUAUCUUACGCGACGGAAACCGGAAGCAGAUGAACCAAGCGGACGAGGAUGGCUGCACGCCGGCAAUGCUGGCGGCACAACACGGAAACUUGGAGGCACUAAAGACAAUCAUCGGACGAGGGGGUGAUGUCGAUAAGAACGACCUUCUAGGAUUUACGGCAAUCCACCAUGCCGCCCAGAGGGGCCACUGGAACUGCGUCUCGUACCUCGUCAAUUUCGGCGUCAACAUCUGGAAGAUGGACAACGACUACCACACGGCCAUGGACCUGGCUGCCAUGGAGAACCGAGAAGAUAUAGUGAAAAUACUGGACAUGGCUCAGACUGAACAGUUGCGCAAAAGUCCAAAGGUCGUUCAGGGGCUGAAGGAAAAGGCCGUUAAAGACGCGGAGAAGAACAGGAAUGUAUAUGAGAAGAUGCAAGACAAGGCGUCAAAGGAUCUGGAUAAAAUUAGAAGGUAUCAAGAGAACAUGAAUGGUGAUGUUAAGAACACAGCCGGAGCAGGAUUUUUUAAGAGUUUAACAGUAAGAAUGAAGGGUGGAACUACUAAAGCUAAAGCCAUGAAUGGUUCGUCGGCGUUCUCAGCCUUAAGUGGAACAAAAUCAAAGGCGGCCCUAAACCCAUCGUCCAGACAAUAUGAUUACAACUCAACCUCGGAGUUUAAGAUAAGCGAUAAGGAUGAAAGCGGGAAACGUACACUCCGAUCAGUCAAAGGGACUGUUUCAAGAAGUGGUGGUCAGGUUAUAUACGUUCAAAAUAUUGACAUUGACGGGACUGGGCCGAGUGUUGAUUCCACAGACUCUGGUUCUCGACCGGCGCUCACAAACGUGUUUCCCGGUUUACCAGUAAAACAUGACAUGGACUCAGAAUUUCAAAGCUUCGAUUCCGGAAUAGAUGAAGAGACACCAGGUAUAUUUAGUAGGCCGCAGUUUGGGAAAAUAUCGUUCUUGAGCCAAUUCGAUCAUCUACGACAAUCGGCCGCCGACGCCGAGGAGGAUUUAGAAAAUGAAAUCAACCAAACACAAACAAACGAGGACGAAAACGAUGAGAAUAAUGGGAAAAGCAAUCGGGUAGAACCUUCAGGGCGUGUUGGGUUGGCCAAUGGUAAGUCGGAAGAAGUUCCAUGGAAUCCGGACGAGCAGCUUGAAGAAGAUGAAGACGACACCGAAUACACUCCUGUGAUAAUGUUCUUGGAAGGUUGUGGCCUGCAGCACUACGCCCACUUAUUUCUUGAAGGUGACGUAGAUAUGGACGCACUUAUGAGACUCACCAAUCAGGAUUUCAGUGAUAUGGGACUUCCCGUGGGGCCUCGAAGGAAACUUAUGGACGCCAUACAGAGGCGUAGAAUUGUUUUAGCAGAGCCGGCACAAAUGUAUGACUCACAACUUUGAGCGAUGACACUCAGUAUACAUAAUGCGUUUUGGCAUAAUAGUUAUUGACGAGAUGUUGAUGAAAUUAAUUAAUUUGUGGUUUCACAUCUGUGGCUAAACAUUGAUCAAUAUUGCUAGAGAACUGAGAAUGGUUUUGACUUGAACAUUGUGUCAAGGUACAUUAGCUUAAUAUGUGUGCACACUGUUAUCUAUUAAAGAGUAUAUGUAUAUCUGAAAACAUAGACGUACAUCGUUUGCUUGAUAUAUGGAAACUAUAAAUAUAUCUGGAAAUCUGAUAAUGAUAAAUUGUUGCAAAACUUUUGUUUAUUAUUAUAUUUGCAUACACGCUGGCAAUAUAAGCCUAAUGUAGUGCUUAAUACACCAUUGUCGUUAUUUACGUUAACGUGUAUAUUAAACUGCAACAUUAUAACAAUUUUCUCAUUGGUAAGUGUUAGUAUGUGUUUUUACGUGUAGACUUAUCAAUUGCUUCCGUUCUUUAACUUAUAUUGUCUGCUUUCCUUUCUGCUUCAUUCCUGUUUAACGCGAUAUAAAAUUCACCAGCAUUCUCGAUACAUUUGGAUAGCUUACCAUUGUUCGUUUUUAAUCUACAACCGUCAUGUUGCCGCUUUUCACUUUAUGUCAUAUAAUCGAUGACGUGUUUUAAAUUCAGAUAAAUAUUCGAGAUGUGGGCAUAUAAUUAUUUAUACAAAUGCGGCAUCUAGUCUACAUUACAGAAUUCCUGUGCAACACAUGGUCUACUUAAAAAAAUAUCGUAUUUCGUGAACAUGCCAUAUCAGGACAUAGUUUUGUUGUUCACUUAUUACACUUUAUCUUUAAAAAAUUAACAAAUAUGUUUUUAUAAUAGCGCGUGUAGACACAAUCCUCAGAUACUUACAAGUUGCAAUGUGUUUGUUGAAUGUUUAUUUGGUUGCUAUGUGUUGGUUUAUUCAAUAUACAAUAGACAUACAGUCCAUAAGUAUUCAUGUUCAAAACAUAUUAACAUAAAUAAAGGCAUUAAAUGUGGUGAUCAGUAGUGAUUUUCAGGUGCUGUAUCAAUACAUGCAAAGUAUAGGGCCAUUGGAUUUCAUCAUUUUGAAUUUAAACAGAGCGAGAAGUCAAAUUUGAGUAAUACAUUACACACAAUUUAUCAUAAUAAUAUUUAUACAUGUUUGUUCGACUAAAUGCUUCAUGUACAAACAUUGCUAAGUUUCUGUUGGAACUUGUAUUAUCAGAUUGCAUAAAUUCAAUGAACUUUGUAUUGUU